AUGAAUAUUAAAGCUAGAACGGACGAAGAAUUAGGUGACUUAACUUAUUACUUAUCACAAUAUGACUUCCAAAUAAAAUAUGUUCCGGGCAAAGAAAACGCUGAAGCGGACUGCCUAAGCCGAAAUCCAGUAUUAGAAUCAAAUGAUAAUAUAGAAGAAGUACUGAAAUUAGUAAAUUUAAUGAAGAUAGAAGAAAUAAAGAUGGACCAAAAUGAAAAUAAGUGGAUACAGAAAAUGGAAGCGAAAUUAAUAAAAAAAGAUGGAAUAUUCUAUAGAAAAAUCAGAAAUAAAGAGAAGAUAAUUUUAACCGAAGAAUCAAGCUUCGGAGGACUAAGAUCAACGAAAAAGUACCUUCACCUACUGGUUGAUCAUUUUACCAGAUACGCAUUUAUUGCAACUUCAAAGACACAAAACGCUACUGAUUUUAUCAAGCUAGUGAGAAACGUACUAGGAUCCGACAAGAUUGAAACAAUACUGACAGACAAAUAUCCAGGCAUCAAUUCAAGAGAAUUUAAAGAAUACCUAGAAGAAAACGAUGUUAGACUGAUUUUCACUGCUAUAAAUGCACAAUUUUCAAAUGGCUUGAACGAAAGAUUAAACCAGACGCUAGUCAAUAAAAUAAGAUUCAGAAUAAAUGAAGGAGAAAAGAAAAAAGCUUGGACAACGAUUGCCAGGGAAUGUGUAGAAAGAUACAAUGAGACAGAACACACGGUCACUGGUUUUGCACCAAAGUAUCUGCUGGAUGGCACGGACACAA